AUGUGUUAUCCCGUGAAUACAACAUUCUCGAAUGAGACAUACAUAGCAGAGAAGCGAGAAAAAAAAAAACUUUCGGACUUGAAGAAACAAAAAGUUUGGCGGAAACUUUGUCUUGAAAUUCUUCCCGUAUUCACCAUGCCACCAUCUGUUGAUAGGAAUGAAAACACAAGCAACAGUGAAUUCGAAAUAGAUAAUGAUACUAACGACAAAAGAAGAGUGGAAAGGAAGGAGAAGGAAAAGACAAAAAGGAUGAUAGAAGGAGAAGAGGAAAAAGUUGAGCAGGAGAGAGUGAAGGAAAAAUCCGUACACACUGCUUCCACGUUCAAAUUGUCAGAUAUUGGUGAAGGCAUCGCUGAAGUGCAAAUUAAAGAAUGGCAUGUGAAAGAAGGUGAUCAUGUCAAACAGUUUGAUAAUAUCUGCGAAGUACAAAGUGAUAAGGCAUCAGUUACAAUCACCAGCCGUUACGAUGGUGUCAUCAAAAAAUUAUACUAUAAUAUUGAAGAUGUAGCGAAGGUCGGUACAACUCUUGUGGACAUCGAAGUUGCAGACGUCAAUACCGUGGUGCAAGAAGAAAGUUUUAAUGGCAAAGUGGAGACAGAAGCGAUCACUUCAGAGGAUCAGGAAGAUAGAAAAGUCCUUGCAACUCCGACGGUUCGACAACUUGCCAAGGAAAAAGGGGUGAAUCUGAAAGAAAUCAUUGGAACAGGUCUUAGUGGACGAAUUCUGAAGGAUGAUGUUAUUCGGUAUGUCGAACGUCAAACCGACCAUAAAUAUAAUCUAGAUUUAUCGUCGUCUGCGGCUGGAAAGACACCAUUCGUGAAUGUGACACUUCACACCACAAGCGGAACAUCACCACGAUCACAUUCUUUGUCGCUGGAAAAGUUUGAGGUGUUGAAGGAAGAUAAGGUGGUCCCUAUACGCAGUUACACUCGUGCUAUGGUCAAGUCCAUGACUGAGUCUUUGAAAAUACCACAUCUUGGCUUUUGCGAUGAGGUGAACUUUGAUCAGCUAAUAACAAUGCGCGAGGAACUGAAAAAAUUUGAAGAAGCAUAUAAUGUUCAUAUGAGUUUUAUGCCUAUUAUUAUCAAAGCUGUGUCCCUUGGUUUGAAGAAAUUUCCAAGGCUUAACGCUAUAACGGACAUAAGUGUAGAAAAUGUCAUUUACAAAGCAUCGCAUAACAUAUCAAUAGCUAUGGAUACUCAGGAAGGUCUUGUAGUACCAAACAUCAAACAUUGUGAACAGCGCACGGUGUGGGAGAUUGCUGCGGAACUGAACCGUCUUCAGGAAGCUAGCAGUAAGAUGAAAAUAGACCCAGAAGAUCUAAGGGAUGGAACGUUUGCAUUGUCCAAUAUAGGCAUGAUUGGUGGUACCUAUCUUUCCCCGGUAAUCAUGCCACCUCAGCUUGCGAUUGGAGCAAUUGGACAGAUUGCUAAAUUACCUCGAUUUGAUAAGCAGGGAAAUGUUUGUGCAACUAAUGUGGUGAAGUUUUCCUGGGCUGCAGAUCAUCGUUUUAUUGAUGGUGCCACGGUAGCUCGCUUUAGUAGCGAAGUAAAGCGAUAUCUUGAGAAUCCAUCCAAUAUGGUUGCCGAUCUGAGAUAA